CAUUCGUCUCGAUCCUGGGGCCGGCACCACCCUGCACUCGCCUGAUCCAGACGCACCCCAGCGACUGCGAUCGCCCACGGAAACCGAGCACCAAAGAGUCUCUGCUCACCCGCUCUGGCGUCAUGUCGCUGCUUGUUCGAGCGUCGAAGCAAGGCGCUGCUCCUGGUUCCCGCUCCCGGCCCGAUGCCAGCAACAACCCGCUGCCUCCCGACCCCAUCUACGUCUUUCGCUCUCACGAAGCGCAAGUGCAAGCCAUCUGUUUUUCCAAAGAUCCCACUAUCAUGUGCUCCGGAGAUUCCGAUGGCGUCGUGAUUGUGUGGAAUCUGAAAAUCCGCCGGCCGCUUUUCCGCUGGACACCACAUCCAGAGAAAGGGGUUUUGGGUCUGGCGCUGGUCGAGAUCCCCAACGAGCCAGUUCAGCUGAUAACCCACGGACGAGAUAUGUGUCUCCAUAUAUGGGAUAUGAGCUGGCUGUUACCCCAGCUCAUCCACGACGACGACGAAAACGACGACGGCAGCACCGGCUCUGUGAAUGCGGGCAAUGACAAGAGCGAUCAUGUCGGUGGAGGCGACGGACCGGCGCUGCUGGAUAAGCAUAUCGCCACCAUCCCCGUGAACCCAUACACAUUCUGCUCGUUUUCUCUUCUCUGCAUUCCACCGAGUCCGACUGGGGGAUCGGCAGGCGAUGGACAGGAGGGCUUCAUUGGCGUCCCGGAGAAGAUUAUCGCAUAUCCGAAUCUCCACGAAGAAACCAAGGUCGACGUUCUGGACCUUCGAACCAAGCAGCCACUUCAUGAAUCCUUCCACUUGCCGGACUCCAAAACAGGAACGGUCAUGGUCAUCAAGCUCUUCGUAGACACUGCCAGCACCCCGCUGCUCAUGACGGGAUAUGAGAGUGGUUCUGUGGCUGUAUGUAAGGUCAAGUCCGGCGAACUGCUUUGGAAGCUCGAUCUGCAUCAAGACAGCGUGCUGUCGCUCGACAUCUUUGAUGGCGGCUCAACGGCUGUUUCGACGGGAGCGGACGGAAGGCUGGUCAAGUUCUCGCUCGAUAGCAAGCAGAGCCCACCCUCGGUUCUUGAUCUGGACUCAAAUGGCAUCGCCACUGUGGCUGUUCGACCUGACGGACGCAUUGUCGCCACUGGAGGUUGGGAUUCAAGGAUACGACUGUUCACUUUGAAGAAGCUGAAGCCCCUCGCUGUGCUGAGCCACCACCGCGAGUCGAUCCGUAUCGUGGCUUUCCAGGAUCUGCGAUGUGGAAGCGCAACCGAGGCGGAAGUUGCAGAGAACGGGGCCGCAGACCCGCUUGUUCGGUUCUUGCUCUAUGUUGGUGGAAAGGAUGGACACAUCAGCCUCUGGGAUAUAUAUGGCUCGGUCUGAGCGAGGAGGACUUGGCCUGACAGAGAAACAGCUUGGCUCACAACUGACAUGAUCGCCAACUGAGUUUCCUUGACUGGAUCUGAUAUGGGUCGAGUGACGAUGUCGAUUCAACGCCCCAAUCAUCAAAUCAAACGAUCACCCUGGACUUGUGCCGUCUGUUCUCAUGU